ACAGACGCGCCGGGUCGGCGUUUUCUGCUUGCUGCUUCUCUGAUCCACACGUGGGCCGCUGUCGGUGUUGUAGCCAGAAAUUCAUUCCUAUUGGCGUGGACCAGCCAUAUUGGAGGACAGAGUGGCAACGGAGGUCAAGGAUCUUGAGCUGAUGGAUUUUGCUGCUAAAAAUGAGGAGACGUCGGGAGGAGGUCUCCAGAGUGGAGCUGAAGGGGCGCGGCUAAGUCUCGAGUCAGAUGGAGAGAGAGCCAGGGGCACAGUAGGGACCGAGGAGGCCGGCAGUGGAGAGGCGGGGAACGGACCGACCGGAAUGGGGAAGACAGGGGAAGGGGAAGAAGGCAAUGGACCAAGGGCAGAGGAGAUGCGAGUGGACCUAGCAGUUGUGAAGCAGGAAGUAAUGGACUGGUCAGAAAUGGAAGAAGGUAUGCGGAAUGACCAGUGGGUAAAGCAGGAGGUGGAGGAUGGGCCUGAGGUGAAAGAGGAAAAACCAGGCACGUUGGAGGUGAAGCAGGAGACGGAUAGUAGUUUGAUGCUAAAAGAAGAGAAGGUGGAAGAACCAGAGCUAAAGGAAGAGAAAGUGAAGGUGAAGGAAGAAGUGAUGGACUGGCUAGAAGUGAAGGAAGAGAAGAAAGAUAGCUUGAAGAUUAAAGGGGAGGAGAUGUUUCUUGAUCAGAACGUAAAGAAGGAGGAAAUAAUGGAUGAAGUGUGUGUAAAAGAAGAGAAGUAUUUCCCUAAAGAAGAAGUGAUGGAUGAUACAAAGGUGAAAGAAGAGCUUCAGAUAAAUCCCCCAGUGGGCUCCAAGCGGAAACUGGCCAUGUCAAGAUGUGAAACUUGUGGUACAGAAGAAGCAAAGUACAGAUGUCCACGUUGUAUGCGCUAUUCCUGCAGUUUGCCCUGUGUAAAGAAACACAAAGCAGAACUGACAUGUAAUGGAGUUCGAGAUAAAACUGCAUAUGUUUCAAUGCAACAGUUUUCUGAAAUGAAUCUCCUAAGUGAUUAUCGAUUUUUGGAAGAUGUGGCAAGAACAGCAGACCAUAUUUCUAGAGAUGCUUUCUUAAAAAGACCAAUAAGCAAUAAACAUAUGUACUUUAUGAAAAAUCGUGCUCGAAAGCAAGCUAUUAACUUAAAACUUCUACCCAAUGGAUUCACCAAAAGGAAAGAAAAUUCAACAUUUUUUGAUAAGAAAAAACGACAGUUCUGUUGGCAUGUGAAGCUCCAGUUUCCUCAGAGUCAAGCUGUGUAUGUAGAAAAAAGAGUACCAGAUGAUAAAACUAUUAAUGAAAUCCUAAGACCUUACAUUGAUCCUGAAAAGUCUGAUCCUGUAAUUCGUCAAAGGUUGAAAGCCUACAUUCACUCUCAGACUGGGGUCCAAAUUUUAAUGAAGGCAGAAAAUAUGCAGCAAAAUUUAGUAAGAUAUUAUGAAAUGGAUCCUGACAAAAGUCUCCUUGACAAUUUGAGGAACAAAGUGAUCAUUGAGUACCCAACAUUACAUGUGGUAUUAAAAGAAUACAGUAAUGACAUGGAAGUUCUUCACCAAGUGAAAGGUGAAUCUACUAAGAACAUUGGCAAUUAAAAUUGAGCACUUCUUUUGGAGGAAGAACAUGAAAAUUCCCAGAAAAUUGCAGAGGACCUUGUUGGAAGAUUUGGGGGUAUUGUCGCUUGGUGGUUGGAAUUUUUUGUUUCUCUGAAAAGUAAUUAAACAGUCUUGAAAAAAAAAAAUUUAAUGUAUUUUCUAGCCUCUUGAAUUGACUCGUAAGGCACAGGCUUUAAUAUGCUUCAUUCUGUAGGCCGAAAUUUUUUUUAUUUGUUAGUUUGAUGCAACACCAAACCCAAGGAUCACCUGUGUCAGCCACAAAGUUGGCGUUCUCUUUAGUGGAACCUCACUAAACAGAAAGGCCAUGUGGCAGACCAUCUAGCCACAGGAGGACUGGUCCAUCAUUUUCCUAUUCUUGUCUUUGGGAUUAUAUGUAACUUAACCUCUUGAGACAGCUGGACGAGUCUUUUAUACUUGGGUAGCACCCAGUAUGAUGUCCUUUGUAAAAGGUUGUCUAAAUACUAUGAACUGCUAUUUCUUAUAUUCAUUUCAGAAAAUCAGUGGCUCCACGUUGUUUGAACCAUCAGUGCUCAUGAAUUUGGCUUUACUUGUUCACACAGUGAGCUGUGUCUUACUAUGAAUUCUGUGCCUUUCAUCCCGUUCCCACUCUACUCUUGUCAUUACCACACAGGGUGUUGUGAUGAGCAGUUUUAUGCUGUGUUUUGAAACAUCUAGCAAUAACUAAAGAAAAAACACUUGGAACUCAUCAAAGUGUUACUGGAAUGUAUGUGUGUAUUUAUGUAUAUACAUGACUUAAUUUAUACCUUAUGACAGCUCUUUAUACAUUAUGAUCUCACAUAUUAAAAUUAAAGUUUCCUAGUUUUAUUGGAAUUUAUACAGUUAUGAAAUUGCAAUAUGACUAUAAAAGAUUAUUACAUCUGUAUUGCAUCUGUGCACUUAAUGGUUAAAAAAACAAUGACAAAAUUGGACAUUAGUGAAAUUCGUUUUUAGUUUACAAUUAGAAUACGUUUUAGACCAAAAGGAAACCAGAGGUAUUAAAGAGAAUUGGAAAGAUUAGAAAUAUGAAAAGAUAAUGAGAACAUGAGCAUAAGAGAAACUUUUAGAACACAGAUAUAUGUAACUUGGUGUACAUAUAUAUGAGAAGAGCCUCUAAAGACAAUAGUGGCACAAAGACCCUUGGUAUAAAAGUGAUAGUGGAAAUGUGAUUCAUAGACAGUAAGGCAUUGCCAUUUGAGAAAUAUAUAUACUUCCCAAAGCAGCUUCAGGAAUCUUCUCAUAUAGCAAAAACUUUGUGUAGAAUUAUGUUUUGCACAGUAUUACUGGAGAGACGAUGAAAUGGGAAUUCAAAAUUUAACAGUGAAGUUUGUCUUCUUGAGACAGGCAAGAAACAGAAUGAAUUGAAUCAAAUGUGUCAUAGAAUUGUUAUUGGGAAAAGUGGGAUAAAGAACACAAAAAGAACAUGUGAUCUGAAUAUCAGGGUGGAGAGGAAUUUCCUGACAGUGAAAUCUGUUAUGAUGUAGUCUCAUUUCCAAGAAAAGUGUUGAGUUCCAUCCCGUUUAGAAUUUAAAUUGAAAACUGGACAAAAAUCAAAGGAUUUAUCCUGUACUUUCCCUCCCCCAACCCAGGUGGAAAAAGAAAGGGAAAAACCCCUACAUGAUCUAAUGCAUCUUUACCAUCCCUAUUGUCUAGAAUUCUAUUAGACUUUAAAUUAUUAUAGUCUAUUCCUUAGGAAAGAAUUUAACUAGCAGAGUUCCCUUGACAUAACUAUCAACUCAUUUGAUUAAUAUGCACAUUUAUUCCCACAGGAUUUACAAUAAACAUGUGUUUUAGUGAAUAACCAUGUCAACUGCUUGGAGGGGGUGAAUUGGAAUAAUUCACUGAGAGCCCUAGAAGUUUGUAGUAUUACAACCCAAUUUCUUUUUUAGAGGCCUUCACCAUUUUGGAUUCCUGACAAAUUCUGAUGCAUAAACAAACUCCCUGACCCAUGUUAAGUUCAACAUCCUGCAUUUUGUUCACGAACCACAUUUUAAAAGGAGAAAAGUUCCACCUGGCCUUCUUUAUCUUUUAAACAAUGAUUUCAAAGGGAAGGUAGGCCUUUCGUAAUUGCUAAUUAUUACAUAUGGGAUUAAUAACCAUAAAUUUACAGUAAACAAAACUUGCACCUGUUCAUAUUAUAAAUAUGAAUUAAAGAGAGUUACUAGACUAUUUAAGAUUCCUAAGUGUAGUUGAGCCAAUUUGUUUCUCUGUAGCAAGUGAUGGGAUUCAGAUUUCACAAUGUAUAGUAAAAUGUUAAACACAUAACUAUGAGGCCAACAAUUUCCUUUAUACAUUUUGUUUAAUUUGGUUGGCAUAUACAGUGUGUUGUACCUGAUUUCAUAUCAGUCAUUAAAUAUUAAGUAAAGAUGCCUACUCUGCUUUUAUUUAAUCAUAAAUUACUGUAUUAAAGUGUGUUGUUUAUUUUCAGGUAGAUAUUGUAUACUUUUGAUUAUUAGCCAAUCAUCUUUCAAUUGCAAGUGUCAGAAACUCAACUCAAACUAGUGUCAGCAUGAAGGGCAGUUUACUGGCUCCUACACCGGGCAAUUCAGGCAUGGCUGGAUCCAAAGAACCAAAGAAGCCAUCUUUCCAGCCCCCAUACUUGACCCUGAUUUUUUUUUCCUGGAUUGGUUUUCUCUUCCAGGCAAACUUUCUGUUUGGGGAUGCCCUCUUUGAGGUGGGAAGCAGUGAGGUGAGGAUGGUAGGUGACAGCUGUUGACAGUUUCAGCUUACAUCAUCAUAACCAAAGCUUGGCAGCAAGUUAUGUAAAAUUUGGAGUAAGAACUUUUAUUUUGCCCAGAUUGGAUCACAUUCCAUUCCUGAGCUGAUGUGGAGUUCCCCCAGAGGAAGGGAAAAUUAUCAGAAAAGGGGAAGGUGUAGGGAGCAGGUGACGAAAGGUUGUUUCUGAGAAUACAAAAGUAACAAACAGAUGUACACUGCACACUUACUUGAAUUUGAGUAGCAAGAGGUUUCUGAUUUGAAAUAGCAUAAGGAGUAAAAUUCAAAAUUAACCUGGAAACCUUCAUUGGCUUUAACUAGAGAUUUCAGUUCCUAUUUGAUGCCACUGCUGCUUUGAGUUGCCAUUACGGGCUUUUUUUUUUUUUAAUGCUUCCCAUUUGUGUUAGACAUUAUGUUGCUACUGGUUUGAUCAGAUGCACAGAGCACCAAUCUGUUUCCAUCAUGGAUUUGGAAAUUUCCAGUUUCAUGAACAUUUGAGGAAUACUGAUUUUGAAAUUAGAGUUGUACUGGAGGACAAUGCUUCAAAAAAUGAAGACCAGGGCUUCCCUGGUGGCGUAGUGGUUGAGAGUCUGCCUGCCGAUGCAGGGGACACGAGUUCGUGCCCCGGUCCGGGAGGAUCCCACAUGCCGCGGAGCGGCUGGGCCUGUGAGCCAUGGCCGCUGAGCCUGCGCGUCCGGAGCCUGUGCUCCGCAACGGGAGGGACCACAACAGUGAGAGGCCCGCGUACCACAAAAAAAAAAAAAAAAAAAAAUUAAGACUAUUUAAAUAAAAAUAGGCCCUUAAAUAAACCUUUGGGGAUCUGUACUUCAUUACAAAGUAUUUUCUUUCAACUUUGGUCAACUGGAAGCUAUGUAAAGUAUCUGUGCAUAUGUUUUUUAAAAUGAACUAAAAUGUAAACAUUUUCCAUAUUGGAGUGUGGUGGGCUGCACUCAUUUUGAACUUCGUAACCGAAUGCAUCCUUUAGCCUUUGAUGAGCUACUACACAACUCUGCUGUUGCCGGUUUUAUUUUCUUACUGAAUAAAGUACCAAAUGCUUACUCUUCA